AUGCAUGCGCCCGUACGCAAGUUUUUGUGGCAUUUGCUAGGCGCAACCAUGGCAUCCUCCAGCCUAUGCAAGCUGCCCCCCCCCGCUUUUACCUCCCUUUCUGACCCCCUCUCACAACGGGCCAACGCCCUUAAACCUACUGGUCCCGGCGCUCUGCCUUCCACUCACUCCAUCUGCCCCUCUGCCUCGCGCCUCUCCAAUGGCGGGGGCGCCCGCAUAGUAGCUGAGCAGAAGAAGUACCCCCCCAAGUUUGUGGAGGACGAUCCUACGUGGGUGGACGAUGGAAGUGGCAAGCCCACGAGUUCGCCACAGAAGGAAGGAGGGGGGCUGUUUGGGUGGGUGACCAAUAACAAGUCGAGCAAGGGGGCGAUCCAGCUCGAGAACACGCCCGCCCAGGAUUACAACGUGGGUCAGAUGAUGGCCCAGAUCAAGGACAAGGGCCAGGACUACGGCCGCUACGUCGCCGUCCCCGAGGGCGUCAACUGGUGGGUGCGCGAGUGCAAGGGCUUCAGCUUGCGCCGCCGCCCGCCCGUGCUCUUGCUGCACGGAGCGCCCUCCUCGUCGUGGAGCUACGUCAAGACGGUGAAGCAGCUCGCCGACAAGGGGUUCCAGGUGUACGCUCCUGAUUGGCUCGGCUUUGGCUUCAGCGACAAGCCUGCGCCAGGGUACGAGUUCACCUACAAAGAGGCGGGCUUCCACAGCGCGCUCGACAGCCUGCUAGAAACUUUGGAAAUGCCAGAGCAAUUCUACCUCGUCACGCAUGGUUUCGUGCUGGGGUCGUACGGGCUGACGUGGGCGCUGAAGAACCCGGAGCGCGUGGCCAAGCUGGUAAUCCUCAACACACCGCUGACGUCAGGCGGGAAGCUGCCGCUUGCGCUCAACAACCUGCGGCUGCCGUUCGUCGGCGAGUUUGCGAGCCAGAACGCGGUCCUGGCGGAGCGGUUCAUUGAGAAGGGCGGCCCGUACGUGCUAGACGUGGAGGAUGCUGACGUCUACCGGAUACCCUACCUCGACUCCUCCGACGCGGGCUUCGCUCUAUUAGAAACCCUGCGGCAAGCCCCGGUGAACGAACUCCCGGGCAGGCUGGCAGCCGGGUUCGCGCCUGGUAAGUGGGACAUCCCGACGCUGAUUGCGUGGGGCGCCGGCGAUAAGUAUCUGCCCAAGAGCGAGGCGGAAGAGUUUGCCAAGAUCAACCCGGAUGCGAUCGAGGUGCAGUAUCUAGACGGGGCGGCGCACCAGCCGCAAGACGACUGGCCAGAGAAACUGGUGACAGCCAUGGCACGCUUUUUGUAGCGUUAAGUUCCUUUUUGACCGACGUUGUUACAGCAAUCACCGUUGAUGGCUGCUUUAGCUACCGCUCAAAUUGUUGCUGCAGUUCGUUGCUGCAACCGAGUCGAUCAUCCAUAUGUUUGGUAGAUGCUGUUGUAAAGUAUUUCAACGGCAACGUGGACCGCUUCAUGUUGCUUGGCAAAACGUCGAACAGGUUGUGUUGGUAGGAUGUUGAACGUCGAACUUGGGGUCCUAAGUAGCGCCCAGCUUUCGGCUCUGUGUUUGAUUGAUUGACAAUGUAUUUACUGAGUACCUAGCGAGCUUUGUGAAGAAGCUCAGUUUCGGCCGGCGACAACAUGUCGCGCGUAUGCAUUAUGUUCAGUGGGC